UCUAUGGCUACCGAAAUUUGCGCACAUAUAAAUCAUGUUGGGAAUAAGCAACAACGUUGGGUUAUCUCACUUAGUUUCACCUUAUCAAGCACUUGUGGAAAAAGAGUUUAUCGAACGAGUUAGAAAUUACUAAUUAAAGCCUCAUACUAAUUUAGGAAAAUGUAUUGUAUUCUUUUGUUUUGGUUGGAAAGAUUUCACCACAUAUAACUAACAACGAAGUUGGAAAAUUUUAUGAGAAGCUCAUGUCCAGUUUCACCUCGCCGGAUCAUAUUACAGGUCUCUUGAUGGUUUAUCCUUAUCACGUGAUACACAUUAUUGAGUCAAGUUUUAGAAGUUUGAUGGAGGUUUUUCGAGUAAUUACCAAGUCUGAAGAAGUUAUAAAAUCCUACAUGAAUUGUUAUGCUGGAGAGAUAAUUAUCGGUCAGAAUGAUGCUCAAGACUAUCGACAUUUCAGUGAGUUUGACAAAGCUACCAUCCAAGAAAUGUACAAAAAAAGCUCCUUGGCUCCUACGAUUCAUAAUCGUAUCUUAUGUGCAAACGAUAAUAUCGUCCACCGUAUAUACCGCACAUAUGAACUGUUGGUUUUUGAUAUGGAACCGACAAUCAUAUCAGACUACGAUUCAAAUGAAUCUGAUGAGAAAAAGUUACUUGACUUACUAUGUCAAGUGAAUAGACUAAGCGUGCAUCUGGCAGAAGAAUCCAUGCGGGACCAAAAGGAAUACGCUCCUGAAACUUUUAAAGUAAGUUUAACAGAAAAAACUAAGAGUCAGAUUGUUGGUCAUUUCAAGGUACAUAACAAUCGGAAGUUAACUGGAAUAUUGAAUAAUAUUCGCCAAGUACGCCCAGAGCUGAUUCCACAGCAAGGUAAGUUGUUUAUUGUGAAACAAUAAUUUAUGUGCAAAUGUCACAUACCUAGGUUAGUACUCUGUUCAUCACUGGAGUAUGAAAAUCACCCCAAAAGUGUGUACAAAUAUACAUAUUGGUAUGCGAUUCGAUUAAUAACCAUGUAAAUACUAUUUUUUACACAAUUGUACUGUUUUGAACGGGAACACAAGUGGGGACAGUGUAUUUGAACACAAAAUUACAGAACAUUUUAGUAAAAUCUGAGAACCAUACAGUGAUUACUUAAUUUGCAAAAUGUUAAUCAGUUGUCUCAAACUUGACUGUUCCUUCUGCAAAUAUCAGUCAAUCGUCUCAGACUUCAAUGUUCCUGCAUCUCCAUAUCAAUUGCUUUCUGUUCCGGUUUUUUUCCUCCUCGAUCUAUUUCUGAAUAGCGUUAUAUACUACUUAUGUCAAUGUAAGUAGCCCACACCACAGUGCUUGCAGUUAUGUCUCACAAUAAGCAUGUCACAUCUUAUGGAUUAUACUGUUCAAACAAACUUUGGUGAAUCAGAUCAAGGCUAGUUUCGCCAGAGCUUCAAGUGUGCUGUGCGAUAAAAGGACAAACACCUAAUCAUGCACGGUCACAUUUUCCCCCUCAAAGACGUAAAAUUAACAUAUUAAGAACCAUUCAUUCAUUACAAAUGUAUUGUAAAAAGCCGUAUAAGCGUAACCAUAUAAACUAAUUCAAACUUUUAAACGCUGUGCAUAGAGUUGCAACAAGCACCUGAUAUCACUGUGAGUUAGGAGUUUAGUAUUGGAUCAGUGGAAGACGUUUAAUGAAUACCAUCAAUUCGCGCAUGAAAGGAAGUCAUUUACAGCUUUUAGGAGUAGUGGAAGUUACAGAAGUAUGGAAUUCUUGAGAGUACGGGAGCUGACAACUGACUUAAUUCCUUUCUAGGAAACCUUAUCAGUAUGUUCAGUUAUUUUCUUCUGGUUAAUUUUUAUAUGAUAACAUGCAAAACUUUGUCGAUGCGAUUAUAAGGACCACUUUACCGACCAAAUCAAUAUUAUGUAUUUAAUUCAUGAUACUAUAAUUUCUUGUUAGGAAAUUAAGCGAUAGUUUUCAAUUUCCCAUCUCUUAAAUAUUUGUGGUUACUUAAAACCGUAAAAAGAUUUUAAUGAGGGAAUAAUAUAUUUAGUUGCAGUUGGAUAUUUUGCGGACAUAUCUUCUUACGAAGGAAUAAUACCAUUAAAAGAAUACAUGAAACUCUAUGACAUUCCAUAUGAAACCUCAUCACAAUCCGAGCUUACAUGGCCGAUCGAGAGAAAUUCCUUUAUUUACAAAUAAGAAUUCUUAAAACAAUACCUUUGUAUCAUUUAGAUAGAUUAGACCUUUUGAUAGCUUUACGCCAAAAAUUCUGGUUACCAUCUGAAAAAUCACACUACUUAUAAAAGAAAAGAUAAUAAUUCCAUCACUAAUAAAAGACAUUUCAAGACAAAAAUCACCCGAGAAAAUAUUAUAUACUUGGUGUUUACAAACAAAAACUAAGAUCUACAAAACUUCAAUUUAGAUCAUCAACUAAAUAAAACGGCUUUGACAGUUAACCAGGGUUAGCUAACAUAUUAUCUCUGGAGAGAUGAAUAAAACAUAAAAAAACAAAAGCUUCAAGAAUAGAUAACCGGAAAAAAAGGAAUGUCCUAACCCUUGAUUGUGACCGAAAACGAAGAGAAGUUUGGCGACUAAAUCAGAAUAUUAACUGAAAGGACCACAAACUGACCGGAAGCAUUAAAAAUCUGGAAGCAGCUAACCAAAUCGAUCCUGAAAAAAAUGCACCCAAAUGUGAAUAUACAAAUUUUAAGCGAUGAUAAAACAUGUGCUUGUAUGAGAGAAACGAUAAAAACAAACACUCGGCAUCAAUUGGGAAGCAAUGGUUUGGUAAUCUGACUGAAAGUGGAUUACUGCUUCAAAAAGUGCUUCACCUACCAAAAAUAGAAUGACCAAUGAAAGGGACUUUUACGUCAAACUACGAAGUCAGAAGCUAACCGGGAGAAAUAACAGCUAACUCGCUCUCAAAACGGGUGGAUAUCGACUUGAACGAUUGCAUCACAGACAGUAGCCAACAUUGAAAUAUUUGUUUGGCUGGCAUCCUUUUAAGUGCUAGACAAUUUCAUGAAAUGACCAAGAAAGUAAAGUACUAGCACACUUCUACUUUCGAAAUCCAUGGUAAUUUGAGGGCUGUUAGUGAGCGACGUAACAACUAUGUCUUACUGUAUAGUUUACCUUGUCAGGCUGUUACUUCGAUUACUAUUCAAUUUAAUCACCAAACUUUGACCACUUAUUUGUAAGCCUUUCGGACUAUUAUCAUUUCGUUGGUUAGACUUCUCGAAAAGUUUACAAUGAAAUCAUAUGACAAUGUCUCUUAUCGCUAAAAUAAUUUAGUACGUACUGGCUAACUAAAACCAUUGUCACUAAUAAUUCUUGCUUUAUUGAUUUAGGUUGCCUGUUUUUUUUUGAAAUGUCAAUUUUAGUAAACAUGUCGCAUUUUGGUCUCAAUUCGAUAAAUAUUUGCACGUAUCA